AUGUCAUGCCUUACCGGAAAGCCAGCCACCCCGCCUCCCCCCCCCCCACCCCCCCCCCCCCCCCACCCGCCCCCUACCCUCACCCCACACCCCCCCCCACUCCCCUCGCAACCCCCCCCCCCCCCCCCAAACCCCGCCCCCCCACCCACACCACCCCCCCCCUACCACCCCCCCCCGCACCAACACCCGCCCCCCCCGCCCCCCACCCCGCCACCCCCCACCUCCACCACAACCCCCCACCCCCCCCCCCCACCCCCACACCCCCCACCCCCACCCCCCCCACCCCCCCCACCCCAACACCCCCCCCCGCCACCGCCCCCACCCCCCACCCCAGCAACCCCACCACCAACCAACCGCCCACCCUCCACUCCCACCCCACCCCCCCCCACCAAGCCACCCCACCCCCACACCAUCCAACCCCACCCACCCUCCCCCCCGCCAUCCCCCCCCACACCACCACCCCCCCCCCCCACCCCCCAACCACACCCCCCCUCCCCACCCCGCCCCACCCCUCCACCCCCUCCCUCCCACGCCCACACGCACCCCCCACCCUCCCACCCCAACCACCCAUCCCUCCACCCCAACCCUCGUCCCCCCUCCCCCCCCCCACCCCCCCCCCUCACCCCCCCCACCCCACCCCCACAACCGCCCCCCUUACCUCUAUCCCCCGCCUACCCACCCCCUCCCCCCCCCCAACCACCUCCCACCCCCCCCACCCCCCCCCCACCCCCCCCCCCACCCCACCCGCCCCCCCCCCCCCCCCCCCCCUCCCCUCCCCCCCCCCCCCCCCCCCCCCUACCACCACCCCCCCACACCACCCCCCCAGCCCGCCCCACCCCCCCCCCCCCUACACCCCCGCCACCCCCCCCUCGUCCCAACCACCACCCUCCACCCCCACCAGCCCCACCUCCCCACCCCCCCCCACCACCCCCCCCCCCCUCCCCCCCCACAGACCCACCACGACCCCCCCCCCCCCCCUCCCCCCCACCACAUCCCCCCCCCCCAACCCCACCCCCACCACCACCUCCACCCCCGCACACGCUCAACCCUACAACCCCCCCCCCACCCCCCGACCCCCUCGCCCCCCCACCCCACCCCCCACCCUGCCCCCCACCCGCCCCACCCUCCCACCACCCCCCGCCCCCACCCCCUCCCGCCCCCACUACCCCUACAACCCCACCCUACCCCCGCCCCCCGCCAAGCGCCGCACUACCUCUACCCCCACCCACCAUCAGACCCCCGCCCCCCCCACCACCGCCACCACCCCCCCCCCACCCACCCCCCCCCCCCCCCCCCCCUCCCCCCACCAUCCACCCGCCCCCCCCAAGCACCCCCCCCCCCCCCCCCGCACCCACACGCCCUCCACCACGCCCCCCCCCACCCAACCACACGCACCCCACCCUACCCCACCCACCCCACCCCCACCCCCCGCCCCGCACUCCCCCCCCAACCCCCCCACCAACCCCCACCCCACCCCCCCCCCCAACCCCCCCCCCACCACCGCCACCACCCCCCCACCCGAACACCCCCUCCCCCCUCCCCCCCCCACCCCCAACCCGCUCAAUCCCCCCACCCCACCCCCCGCCCCCCACUAACCCCCCCCCCCCCCCACCCCCUCCCCCCCCACCCCCCCACCCCCACCCCCCCCCACCCCCCACCACCCCCACCCCAACCCCACCCCCCCCAACAACUCCACCCACACCUCACACCCCCCCCCCCCCAACCCCCAUCCCCCCAUCCCCCCCCCCCACACACCCGCCCGUACCCCCGACCCACCAGCCCCCACCCUCCCGCCCCCCCCCCCCCCCCAGCCCCCCCCCCACCUCCAACACGCCUCCAACCCCCCCCAACCCCCCCUCACCCCCCCACCCCCCCCCUCACAUCCCCCAUACCCCCCCACCCACACCCAUCACCUCCACUCCCCCCCACCCACCAAACCCCACCUCACUCCCCCCCUCUCCCACCAGGGACUUUGGGAGGCCAGCAGAAGUGGAGGAACCAGGAAGGCAGGCAGCUCCUGCAGGAUACAGGUGCCUGCCCCCACUUGCCACUGCCUGGCUCCUGCUCCGGAGGGUAGGAGGGCCUUUCAGUCAGCGGCGCUCCAUGGCUGCUCCUGCCGCCGCUGUCUGCUAUCCUCCUCCUUGGCCCUGCAGCACAUGGCCACCCAUCAGAGACCAGGAGGUGGCAAAGGGACAGAGGGAGGCACGGAAGGAGGCCGUGCCCUCCGCCUGGAUCAGGCCUAAGCACCCACCACCUUCUGCUCAGCUCUGCUCUGCCCAGCCCUUGGCCUCUCUGGAGGGAUGGAGAGCCGGCUGGCUGAGUGGCUGA